AUGAGCCAAUACAAGCUAGGUUACCUCAAGGGCGAUUUUGUCGCCGCGCUGACCAUUGCCGGCAUCUAUCUACCCAUGGCACUGUCCCUCGCCAGCAACCUCUCCCAUGUACCGGCCAUCAGCGGCCUGUAUGCGUUUGUCUUCAACCCCAUGAUAUACGCACUGCUCGGCAGCUGCCCACAGAUGAUCGUUGGGCCAGAGGCAGCCGGGUCUUUACUUGUAGGCACUGUCAUCCGCGCCAGUGUUGAUUCGGGCAGCGGUAAUGAAGCCGAUGAUGUGCUCCAUGCGCGGAUUUGCGGCGUUAUCACUGGUAUUGCCGGAGCAACAGUUCUUCUGGCAGGAAUUGCGCGCCUUGGCUUCCUCGAUAGCGUUCUCUCCCGACCAUUCUUACGCGGCUUCAUUUCUGCCAUUGGCUUUGUCAUCUUUGUCGAUCAGCUGGUCCCUGAGCUCGGCCUCUCUAAGCUGGCAUCCGAAACUGCCAGUGUCGACCACGGAAGUACUGUUGACAAGCUUCGCUUUAUCUUUAGCAACCUUGACCGAGUACAUAGGCUUACGGCUAUCAUCGCCUUUGUGAGCUUUGCCAUCAUCAUGGUUUUCAGAAUAAGAGAAAUCAAACGCCGCAUGCAACCACGUUACCUGGGUGUUGCGUAUAUCCCCGAUCGCCUCAUUGUGGUCAUUCUCUCUGCGUACCUUGCCUGGCGUCUAGAGUGGGACCAGCAAGGCGUGGAGAUUCUCGGCACCGUCAAAGCCGCUUCGGGCCGCGCUUUUACUUUCCGAUGGCCAUUCCAAGCUUCUCACAUGAGCCAUAUCCGGGACUCGAUGAGCACAUCCUUCCUCAUCGCUCUUCUCGGAUUCUUUGAGUCCUCCGUUGCUGCAAAAAGUCUCGGGGGACAGGAAACCUUCCCUGGCAUCCAGCUCAGCCCCAACCGUGAGCUUGUUGCUCUGGGCGUUGCCAACUUUGUCGGCGGCUUGAUCUCUCUCGUGUCUAUCCUGUUCCUCCUCCCAUACUUCUAUUAUCUUCCAAAACCAGUACUUUGCUCCAUGAUCAGUGUGGUCGCCUGGUCUUUGAUUGAAGAGGCUCCCUCGGACAUCUCGUUUUUCCUUCGUAUUCAUGCGUGGCCCGAAAUAGGACUCAUGUUUAUUAUUGUGCUUGCCACGAUCUUCUACUCACUCAACCUGGGUAUUGCCAUUGGUAUCGGUCUGUCCCUCUUGCAGGUGAUCCGUCACGCAACUCGCCCACGCAUCCAAAUCCUUGGGCGCAUCCCGGGAACUCAGCGCUUUGAAAACGCCGAAGAUCACCCGGAGCGACUGGAGUUUAUUGAGGGGUGUCUCAUUGUUAAAAUCCCUGAGCCCCUCACGUUUGCCAAUACCGGGGAGCUGAAAACACGUUUACGGAGGCUGGAACUCUACGGCACGAGCAGGGCACAUCCAGCUCUUCCUCGGCUUCGGAGAGAAGAACACAACCGCAAUGUGAUUUUUGACAUCCACGGUGUUACGAGCAUGGACGGCUCUGGCACGCAGGUCCUAGAAGAAAUAGUCCGUGCCUACCGCGACCGGGGCGUGCGGGUGUUUUUCAGCCGGGGACCUGAUAAAGCACACGACGUCUGGCAGCAAAUGGAGCUUUCUGGCAUUGUAGAUCUUAUUGGCGGAGAGACACACUACGUGGACGAUGUGGAAGAGGCCCUGAAGAUGACCGAGGUGGAAGAGGGAAGCGAGCUUGGAAUACGACCUCCCUCGGCGUAG